GUUGAAAGAGUUUUUGUUCAGGGCCCAACAACGGAAACGCCAGGCCCGUUUCAAUUUUUUAUGUUUGUUUUGAAAAGAAGGGAACCAGAAGGAGUUGGAAGAACAGAGCUUGCUUCCACCGCCGCUGCAGGUCCAAAACCACUGACCUCUGAACCACACGCGACCCUCCUUCCGCCGCGCCUUCAGAACAACACCGACUCAGCCACGAUCCACCACCAUGCGCAGAAUAUAUCAUGCAAUCGCAGUCGAUGGACAACUACCAGCCACGUUGCCGGAAACUCACUUGUAAAAAAACCGCCCCACAACACAGAUUCAUCACUAUCUCUUGCUUUUGUGAUCGAUUGGUUAUGCACUGAAAAAGCUGGUGUCGUUAAGCGCGAUGAAAUAUGA